UACUGCAUUGCACAAUUGCAGUGCCGCAUUGCACAAUAUUAACGUUGAAUCUCAAAAUGGCCAUAUAAAAGAUUCAGCCUUUGCCUUAUACAAUCUCAAUGGCAAAUCUCAAAAUGAUCAUAUAAAAGAUUUAGCCUUAUAUCAUAUGAUGUUAACACUGAAUCUUAAGAUAAUCAUGUGA